AUCAACAAGAUUACAAAUAAUAAUUUUUUCUGUGAAAAAAAAAUAGUACAAAAUGAGGAAAAAAUCACUACCGCUGAAGAAACAUGAAUUUGUGAUAAAAUUGUCAGUUUUUGUGUUUGUGGCACUGCAUAUCGUUCAAAAUAAUGUAAAUUAUGUCGGUUGUGAUUUUCAAUCGUAUUUUGACGAUGACUCGCAGAACAGAGGAGCAGCCUUUAGCAGUAGUAGUACAAGUAGCUUAAGUAGUGGAUUACAAACGUUGGAUAGUGCGGCAUUCAAGCAAGGCAUUGUGCGGGAUUGUCUGCAACAAUGUCCUGAUCAGAAUCGAUCACUUUCCGAUCACCUAGAAUUAAGUCACAGAAAAGACUGUUAUUUAGCUGAUAUUCCUUCUAGUAAUGUAGCAACUUGUUUGUGUUCCAUCGGAUGCCAAUUGUGGCAUGAAGCCCUCAGUUCAUCCUGUCUCAAUGUUUGUAACAAAACUGAGACCGAAAUCCUCGAUCGCAAGGAACUUUAUUGCGUUAUCGGAUGCAACGAUGCCCUUGCGCGGUACCUGAAAUGGUUAAAACGCGAAAUUGGAAAUCCGCCGGCGCCAGCUCUCGUUGCCGAUACACUCACCGCUACCUCGCUAUCGUUAGAAUGGGAGAUCCCACGAAGAUUGGCUGAAAUCACGAAAGGUUUCCUCGAGCCGCCACAGAAUUAUUUGGUGCAAUUUCGCGACGAUGACAUGCCGGGCGACUGGAAAUUCUGCGAAACGCACAUUAUGGAGAACAAUACGACAAUUCGUGUGGAGAAUUUGCAGCCUUAUACUAAAUAUCGGUUCCGCAUCGCAUUACCAUUGUCAACCAAACAACAAGAGUUCCUAUUUUCGGACCAAAGUAUCGUCAUUAACACGUUGCCACAAGGACCGCCGCAGGAACCUCCAAUUGUACGCGCAAUAGCUGUUGAUCAUUCUCGUAUUUCUGUGUCAUGGGAACCUGGUGCUAACCCAAAUGGUCCUAUUUUAUCAUAUAAGUUACAAAUAACAGAUGUUGCCCCUGACGGUUAUACGACUCUCAAGGAAAUCCCUGCUUCGGACUCGUCUUUCAUCAUUGUGGGUAAUUUGAAGCCGUCACACGAGUACCAAGUGACAAUGAGUACCCGAAAUGCCAAUGGAGAAAGCCCGAUUUCGAAAGUUUUUGUCAAUUUACCCGACGAACCGCCAUUCCAAGAUCAAGAUCAGCAACCAAAAUUGAUUGUUAGCACGCAACACAUGAUUUUCCUUCAAGGAUACGACUUUUUAUCGGAUAAUCCGAAGCCUUUUUACUACAGCGAGAACCCAAUUGUAGCCACAGCGAUCCAUAUCGAGCGACAAUUGAUCUUUGUGACGGAAGAUUCGGGUCAUGUCUUUCGCGCCCCCCUUUAUAUGGAAGAAAAACCUUCGAUAAUUAGUUCUCCGGAGCCAAAUGUCACGCCGAAACUCCUUUCCGUCGACUGGUUGAACGAUCAUUUGUACAUUUUAGCGGAAGUUCAACACUCGAGUGGCGUUGUUGUCUGGCAAAUCAGUCGCUGCGACCUCGACGGGCAAAAAAUGACAAUCGCUGUUGCUGGUAUCCACGAUGAACCUUCGCACAUUGAAGUUGAUCCGUACAACGGAUACCUUUUCUGGGUCAUUCCGAAGCAUUUAUCGAACAGCGGAUUGUAUCGUCUCGAUUUAGCGGAAAUUUCCAAUGGGGUACGACACGAAGGAGGUCCCGGACGAGUCAUAAGUUGGCAGGAUUUGGGCGCUUUCACCAUCGAACAUUCAAAAUUCCGGCUUUUGGUGCCCUAUCAAGACCGAAAUACAGUUUUUUCCGUUUCUCUCGACGGUAAGGAUACGGAAAACAUUCGAAAUAACACGCGAAGUGCCAAAUUCGAGAGUGUCAAGUCGAUCUCUUACGCAAAUUCGUUGUUUAUUUGGACCAAUGGCAGAGAAAUUAUCCGAGAAGAGUACCACAGAGAGGAAAAUGUCUACUAUCAUAAUGCAGUAACGACAGAUUUGUCAAAUGACACAAUUGUGAGUGUUCAUAUCGAUUGGCCCUUUGCACAACCAACUCCUGUUCCGGUAAAUCCUCCGGUUCAUGUACAAGCGAUUUUCGGACCAAAGCGCGCCAAAAUUUCAUGGCAACCGCCACACCUUUUGGGCAAUCAAGGCAAAGGUGCGUGGAAAAAUUGGGACUAUGAGGUUGAAAUUUUGGAUGAAAAAACAGGAAAUUGGUCUCGAAGUCGUGAAAUAAAAGGAACAACUUUCGUGGUUGAUGGAUUACGAUCGAAUUCGGCAUAUACGUUGAGAGCGGCGGCAUAUACGGUAGCUGGGAAGGGUCCCAGUAGUCGCGAAUUUCGCUCGAAAACAUUAAGAACGAAUCAGAAACGCUUGAUGAUCUGGGCCUCGAACGAGGGAAUCAUGCAAAGUGACAUUGUGGGUGAAAGUGUCACGAAUCUCGUGAAAAAAUCGGAUAUUUGCGAUGGGCCCAUAACCGAUGUCACGUGGAUUGACAAUUAUUUGUACUUUGUAUGCAAUUAUACGUUACUUGUGUAUAACCGAUCAUCAGGAAAUGUCAAACGGAUGAACAUGGAUUCGAUCGGAAGCAUCGCAAUAGAUUGGUUGGGCAAGAAAAUCUACUAUUCCAACCAAAUUCAGCAGUCAAUAACACGUGCCAACCUACUUGGAGAGCAACAAGAAGCACUUUCGAUCCUCGCAUCAGCCAAAGAAAUGAAAAUCGACUCGUUACGGGGCUUCAUCUAUUAUUCUACAGGUCAAACUGUCGAAGCGUGUCGUCUCAAUGGCAAAGACAAUAGACAAUUUUACGACGCUGGCAAGUAUACAGGAAUCCAUGUGAUCGGCCUAACGAUCGAUUACGAUAACAAACUCGUCUUUUGGAUCGUUCGCAGUUACAAAGACAGCACAUUGCUCAGCGGAAAGUUGCUGGAAUUGGAUGAGCCUCAAGAUCAAAGUGCCAAAAAUCGCACCGAGUCAAGUGUUCAAUUGCCGGAUAAGAAUCUCACGGGUCCUUUGGCGUAUUAUAGCGAUCGUUUACUGUGGAUCAUGGAUGAUCGCACUUUAACAAUUGCUAAUGAAUCGGGACAGAAUUUAGCUUACAUCAGAAAUGACAAAAUUUCGGGCAUCAGAUCCGUCACAGUGAUUGAUCAAUCGAAAAAUACGCAUCAGCAGGGCUUAAUAGUCCUCCCGGAUGCGGUUAAGAACGAAACUCUACGAGUAAUUGGCAAAUGGAAUCAUUUCAACAUCUCCUGGGACCCUGUAACAAAUGUAAAUUAUGGCUGUGUUCGGUAUGAGAUAGAGAUUUACGUGGAAAACGUAAAAAAAGUUCAAACUGAAGUCACACAAAACUAUUUUGAGUUUGCCAAAGAUGUCCCCGAGCCAUAUUCGACGAUGGAAAUUACGAUCAGAGCAUUUACGCACUGGGCAUAUUCAUCAGCGUCACAUUCUAGCAUCCAUUCUCCGCCGGCUUUACCUUCCGAACCGUUUAAUUCUCGCAUUUUUGUCACUCACAAAGUGAAUCCUUUUAAUAAAGGACUUAACAUUGUAGCCACGCUUCGUUGGCGCCAACCACAAAAGCCCAAUGGCGAAAUUUUAGGUUAUAAAAUCAUCUGUACCUGGGAUGAAAGUGGAAAGCCCAUGCGACGUGAGGAUUUUACGACUAAUUUGCAGUAUACCACACAAAUUUUGCUGCCUGAGACGAAUUACAGCUUUGAAAUUGGCGCGCAAACGAUUCAAGGUUAUGGGAACUUUACUCCAGCUCUAAAUAUCAAUACGAGACAAGAAUUGCCGAUUCCGCAGGUGUUGGCAACUACUGAAGAUGGCAUCUUGCUUGUGGAUUUGGAUCUUGAAUCGAGUGCUUUGUUGACGCAUCUCGAAGCGCCCGUCACAUGCAUCACUUAUAUGCAACUUUCGGACAAAAUUUAUUGGUUUGAUGCGAAUAACGAGCUCUUUUCCUUCCAUAAUCGCACAAAAACCAAAAUUACGGCGGUAACAUCGAAAGUUCUAGCCAUCACUAUUGACUGGGUUGAACAGGUUUUGUAUUGGUCGCAAACUGAAACGAAUGGAACUGCCAUCUAUGCGUUGAAUUUGGAUCGAUUCGCACAAGAAAAGUCAAGUCCCCGAAAAUUGUUGUACCGAAAUGCGAAUAUAACUGAUUUGAAAGUAUCACCAAUGGAUCGCAUCAUCUACUGGAAUGAGGUUAAUGGGGAUUUUAGUAUCAUCUCGUAUUACCACAUUGAUCGCCAAACAGCGGAAACUUUCAAUGUGUUCGAACAUACGUGCUUCAACAAGACAUUGAAGAUGAAAAAAUCACGUUUUACUGAUUUUUGGCAAUUUUCGUCUUUAGACACGUCAGUUGGGGAGCCCCGUAUUUUGCUUGGAGCUGAUUUGGCGACAGGCGGAAGUCUUUUCUACUCCAUAGGACUUCUUUCGAGAACUUGCCAUCAAUUUGAUUUUUCGUAUAAAACUUCGAUGUCGUCUCUCGUGAAGGAUUCCAACAAAUUCUAUUGGUUCGAAGGCGAUAAAAUUAAUGCCAAGACCAUUUUAGGUCAAAAUCAUUAUACGUACCACAUGGAAAAUGUGCAUCACUUGAUAGCAUUCCAUCAGCAAAAUUACCCGAAAAUCGAUUGUUUGAUCCCGUUGCAGCGUCAACCGCCGAGUCAUGAAGUCAAACUCUUGUCACAGUACACGGAGUCGCUUCAUCUCAUCCUGCCCGAGCCGCAAAUGGAUUCCCGAUGCAACAUUACCGCUGUUGGCGUUCGUUACAAAGUCAUGUACAAACCGUAUCGCCAUGGGGAUCCCAUGACCUGCGAACUUGACAAUUGCACGAAAAUCUACUCGUUUGAUGAUUCUGUCGUGAUUAACAAUUUGAAGCCAUUUACCAAAUACAUGUUCCAAGUCGGUCUCAACAAUUUCUAUGGCGAAAAAAUCGGGAUUGAAACUCAACUCGGACCCCCAAUUAUUAUCACGACAGCACCCGGCGAGCCGACAGAACCGCGAAAUUUGACAGCGGAAGCCGUCAGUAUGACAGAAGCGGUUUUGUCGUGGUAUCCGCCGAUCGAGUUCAACAGUGACGUCAUUUGGUACGAGGUGCAUUGGCAAACGGAAAAUGCUUUGCUGAAAAAUAAGCAACAACAAUUAGUGCCAGGAACCAUUAAAAAUCAUCAAAAUCAAAAAUUGUACCAAAAAUUGAAUAGUUUGCAUGCGAAUCAUACGUAUUCGGUGUACGUGAGAGCCUACUCAAGCAAUAAAACGUUCAGCGAAAGCAAUGUAGUGAACAUUCAGACUUUCCCGGAACCUAAAAAUAUCACGUUAAGGAAUAAAACGCCUUAUACUUUGGAAAUUACGUGGACAGAGCCGUUACAUGUGACGAGAUACCUCAUCGAAUACGAGUCCAUCAACACGAAAAACUCCACUCGUGUCACUGUUUUCGACACACUUACCGACGAAACUCCCGAAACGGCAUCUCCCGACAAAUCUCUCCUCGUCGCACAUCUCACGCCAAAGACCCAAUACCACUUUAUCAUGUCGCUGCACUACGAAAAACGUCAAGAUCCCUAUUUGUGGCCCACUGAUCAUCGUUUUGUCUUUGAAACGUUAGGCGAUCGCCCAAGUACGCCGGGAAGACCUCUCAUAAAACACGUCAGUGGCGACGCGUAUCAAGUCGAAUGGAACUCGUCACGCGAUAACGGUGCCUUUAUCGAAGAAUAUGUGCUCGAAGGCGUUCAGAGACGUCGAGAGAAGCAAAUUGCGCCGAAAAAUGAAACGACAAAUACGGAGGAAAGUGUUGAAGAACCUCAAUUGUCGGGAAAUUGGGAGAUUUAUUACAACGGCACGAAUACGUAUUGGAUCACGCCGAAUAUGAAGAGCAUUGGUCUCUUUGAUUUUCGUGUGCGAGCUCGCAACAGCUAUGGAUGGAGUGAUUACAGCUUGGAAAGUGACUCUGUGGAUUUUGGAAAAUCUGAGCCAGAUAAGAAAGUUAUGUAUGCGCUUUAUAUUACGCUGCCGAUUUUUGUCUGCUUGUUCAUCAUUUUGGUGAUUCUCGUGUUGUGUGCUUAUAACAAAAAACUCCCGAAGGAACAAACUUUCAAGGACAUCCGUAUUCCGGGCGUGGAGCUGAGCAACUUGCGCGAACUUCCACGUAGGUCUAAUUUCAUUACAGCAAAUAAUAUUUUCUAUAGUGGCGGUCCGUUAACAGAUAUUGAGAUUGCUGCGUUGCCCCAGAUCAAGCGAGAUCAGAUCACAAUGACGGACUUUUUGGGAAGCGGCGCAUUUGGCGAGGUUUAUGAAGGUGUCGUAAAAUCGCUCGUUGAAAAAGAACAACGUGUUGCCAUAAAAACUCUCCGCAAAGGCGCUUCAGAACAAGAAAAAAUGGAAUUCCUGCAAGAAGCGCAACUCAUGUCGAAUUUCAAGCACGAACAUAUCCUCAAGCUAAUCGGCGUGUGUUUCGACUUUGAUUCCUUGUACAUCAUCAUGGAGCUCAUGCAAGGCGGCGAUCUUCUCUCGUACUUGCGUCAAAGUCGUCCAGUGAUGGGACAAGCAUCCUCCUUGACGUUAAUUGACAUUAUUUCGAUGUGCGUCGAUGUGGCAUCGGGAUGUCGGUAUCUCGAAGAAAUGCAUUUCGUGCAUCGCGAUUUGGCAGCGCGCAAUUGUUUGGUCUCGAGUGUCGAUCCGGAAAAGAGACUUGUGAAAAUUGGCGAUUUUGGACUUGCGCGGGACAUUUACAAGAACGAUUAUUACCGCAAAGAAGGCGAAGGAUUGCUUCCCGUGCGAUGGAUGUCACCCGAAAGUCUCGUGGAUGGAGUUUUCACGUCGCAAUCCGAUAUUUGGGCGUUCGGAGUGAUUUGCUGGGAGAUUAUGACGUUGGGUCAACAACCGUAUCCCGCGAGGAAUAAUGUCGAGGUGUUGCAUUAUGUGAGAGAUGGAGGACGUCUUACGAGACCAAAAGAUUGUCCUGAGGAACUCCACCAAUUAAUGCUAAAAUGUUGGAACUACUGCCCAGAAAACCGACCAACAUUCCGCCAUUGUUUAGAUGUGCUGAAAGACUUGAAGGAAAAAACCAGCGGAAACAUCCAAAUUGUCGCCCAAUUCCCGGAAAAGGUCAUUACAGAUCAGGCAUUCAUUUUCGAGACACCCCCCAUGAGCACCGAAAGUUUCGUCAAUUCCUUUGACUCGAGUACAACAACAGCCACGCCGAUGGCGUCGCCCCUUCCCGAUAAGCCGCCUCAAAUUCACAUCCCCAAAUACUUAGAACUGAUCUAUGACGAGAACGAUGUUCCUCCAACGUUGCCCGUGAACGCCGUCGACGUCACAAAGCACCAAACACCCUACGAAAUUCCAAUUAUUCUUAAUCCGAAAGGCAACGUGGAGAGUCACGUCAUUCCGAUUGUCGAGAACAGUAAUUGCAGUAGUUUAAGUGGCGACGAGAGCAGUUUGCAGGCGUUAUUGGUUCAAGCGCCGCCGCCUCCUCCUCCGCCGACGUCUUCGUCAUCGACACUUCCACACGACACGAUAUGACGAACGGAAAAGCUGCAAAAAAUAGAAUUUAAUGAAAAUUCUUGAAAAGUAUAUCAAAGACUAGAAAUGUAAGCGAAAAAUUCUAAAAACAAAAAAAUCCUUAUUAAAGACAUCAAAGACUAUCACGUAGGUUAGACAUCUAAAUAGAUAGGAAAUUUCAUUUUUUACUUAGAAGUGCCUCUUUACAUUUCCGAGAACUGUAAACUUUAUGAAAUAAGUUCGUUUUAAGUUUAAGAAAAAAAAGUUGUACAUAACGAUAAAUGUAUCAAUAAGCAAUAAUUUAAAUGUUUUAAAUUAAGUUUUUAGUCAU